AAUGACAUGUUGUUUGUACACUGUACCCAGCUGCUGGACUAUUCCAACUCUCUCAGCAGAGAAAACACGGGGACUGUCUCUCUCUCUUUCUCUUUUUUCUUUGCUAUUUUCCUAACUCCGCUUUUUCUUUUUCUCCACUUGUUACUGCUCUUUCCGUUUCUCCCUUAACCGAGAACUUUUUUUUCACUCCAGUCACUAGCUUUUCAAAGCUUUAUUUUAGCAAUAUAAAUACAAAUAUAAUAUAAAUACAUUAAAAAUUGAUAUCCAGGAUUUUAGAUAUAUGCAAAUGAGAAGACGUAAAAGAUGGAGCUGCAUAUUUUAGAGCACAGUUUAAAAGUAGCUAGCAUAGCAAAAGAAGGGAUCCAGUUUUUCACACACGGAUUAAUCAAACUCGCCUUCCUGCCCUCCAAAACAAGGUGUAAAUUCUUCACUCUGACAGAAACACCGGAGGACUAUACCAUUAUUGUGGAUGAAGAGGGGUUUAAAGAGCUGCCUGUGUCCGAGUUUCUGAGUGUGGCUGAGGCAACAUGGCUUGCACUGAACGUGGUCUCGGGGGGUGGGAGUUCCUCCAGCUCCCAGCCAAUCGGAGUCACCAAAAUUGCCAAGUCAGUUAUCGCACCACUGGCUGAUCACAACAUCUCUGUUUUCAUGCUUUCCACCUACCAGACCGACUUCAUCCUGGUGCGAGAGAGGGACCUGCCCCUGGUGAUGCACACACUCUCCUCAGAGUUCACUCUCCUGAGGGUCGUCAAUGGUGAGGCGGUGGCAGCUAACAGUCUUGGGGUGACCAAUGGUUUUGUCAAGCCCAAACUUGUCCAGCGGCCUGUGAUCCACCCCCUAUCCAGCCCCAGCAACAUGUUCUGUGUGACCAGCCUGGAUCCAGUCACCCUGCCUUCCGUCGCCACGAUUCUAAUGGACGUCAUGUUCUACUCCUCCGGGGUGAAGGAGUCUGCAGCACCCAGUGAUGAUUUGGAGUACAUCAGGUUCUUCUCCUUCUCUCUGAUCGAAGGCUACAUCUCCUUGGUGAUGGAUGAGGAGACACAGAAGAGGUUCCCCCUUAAUGUGCUCUUCACCAGCGCCUCCGGAGAGCUCUGGAAGAUGGUGAGGAUCGGAGGGCAGCCACUGGGCUUCGAUGAGUGUGGGAUCGUGGCUCAGAUAUCUGAAUCCCUGGCUGCCGCUGACAUUCCUGCCUACUACAUCAGCACCUUCAAGUUCGACCAUGCUCUCGUUCCAGAAGAGAACAUCCAGAGUGUGAUUGGAGCCUUGAGGACCAACGAGGGAGGGGGGCAGUGACAGGGAAGGGAUUGGUAUUCGGUGUCCCCCUCUUCCCCAAAAUACCCCCCACCUCACACAGCCGCAGCUUUGUGUCCGGAGAACUCGAAGUGCCAGGAUCGGACAGAGGGCUGCCAUCGAGAAAAAACUGAACAGUGGAGUGGAGAAAAGACCCACUCCUUCUCUUGCCUCCCCUCGCAAGGACUGUGCCAACCCACCACCUUGCUCCAAAGCUAGCAUUACUAUAGUGUUUUUUCUCUCUCUGGCCUCACAUAGUUUCCAUGGCUGGCAACAAGGCCUACUUGACUCUUUUUUAGCAGCCUUGACUGUCUGGUCCCUUUCUGGAUUGUGUUAAAGGAGGGUGGGGACUGACUGCUAAUCGGCCUGAACUAUAAACGUUCUGUUGUGACAGCUGGCCGGUGAAAAAAGAGCUUUAUAUUUUUUACUUUUGUUAAAAUCUAAAAGAAAAAUUUUCUAUUUCUUGCUCCCCCCUGUGACAGGAACCAAAUUGAUUAACUAUUCAUUCUCCUUUUGGGGAAUGGAGGUUAGGAAAAUAAUUAUUAGCUGAAAAUGCCUUGUUUUGUUUUCUGAUGUUUGCUCCCUCCUGGCCUAUAUCGGGGGACAGCACAGAGAAGAUAGACUGAGGCUUUAGGCCCGCACUUUCACACAAGGCUGGAAGCCUGCACUACAGAAGACAAAAAUAAUAGGAGCCACUGACUGAACUUCUAACCACAAACAGAACUCAGACUUGUCAAACAGACAUGGAUUUUGGAGGAAUCUAGGAUAUAGAAAAUAUAAUGGGGCAGAUAUGCACGGAUUUAAAACAAAACUUAGGCCUUGUUCACACUGGACUUGUUAUAGUCUGUUUGGAUUCGUAGAAUCAUGCUUGCUGGUAAUAUCUAGAAGUUAACAUUCUGAAUUUGCUUGGGGGUUAAGCAGUUCAUUAUAUUUUUUUCUCUGUGAAGAAGUGCCUCCUCUCUAGCCACCAUUCGAAACCAUAUCUUGUUGAGCAGAGAGAAAAAAAAAAAACAGAGAAUAGGUUACUUAUGGUAUGGAGUGGAAUGGUUACCAAGCCAUGUUGUUGAUGCUUAGGUAUUGAGAUCAAUCAGCUGCUAGGAACUAGCAUUGAAGGGCCAAAUACCCUCCUCUCGUUUGUAAAUUAUGCUCUUAUGUUAAUAAUGGUACCAGUUGGGUUUGACCAUUUGAAACCAACAAACAAACCUGGUGUGAACAAACCUACACCUUCCAGAUAGCACUUUCCUCCACAAAAGUGGCAAAUAUAAUUUCUAUUAGGAGCGUGCCGAUACUGUUUCAGAGUAAUCCCAUUUUAAAUUUUUAAAUCUAAGCAGCAGGUGUUAAAUGAAACCAAACAAACCUAUAUGAAAAUAAAAAUAUUUUGCAAAACCAGCAAAUGUAACUGGCGUGUCACAUACAUGUGACCUUUCCUUCACCUCAGUUUGCAACCUGGGAAACUCAAAGCUUACAUCUGGCAAGGAUAUAAUCCCACACCGAUUUCUAAGGAAACAAGCAUAUCAAAGGGAUCAAAGAAAUGCAAGAUAAAUACUUGCAUAUAACCUAUGAGUGGUUUUAAUUUGAUCACAGCAGGUUCUAUAAAUCACACUGUCAUAAUGUUACUGAUUGGUACUCAGCUGCUGCGUAACCCCUGAAAGGCUGUGUUCCGUGUUGAGUAAAUUACACAUUGUAUUCCAUUGAAUUAAUAUCUAACAACUUAAAACAAAUACCAAUGAGAGUAUCUGCACAGCCCUGAUCUACAUGCUCCUCUACCAAGUGUUUCUCUCACCUCUGCAAUGUGUUCACCAGCACAUUACCAGUCUUAUGAAAAAAACAUUUAGAAUGCAUUCAGAAAAGUAAUUGAGAAACAGUGUUGCUGCUAGAUUCUGAAUGUAUGGUUUUAGCUACUUUAUAAAACAUUGUAAGGAGUUCAUUUUGUACACUGCCCUGUCAAACUAUAUCAAACCAGCUUGUACUAUUUGAAUUAGUUUUUUUAAAGUCUGUUUAACUAGAGGUGUGAAGAAUGAAAAAAAGCAUAAACUUGUGCCAAACAAAAAUUAUAAAUAAAUUCUGCUUUACUGUUUGCCAGUUAACUACAACUA